UAGCAACCCUAGUACCGACCACUUACGUUUUCCCCACAUCUCUGUCCUUUCUUCUUCGCUCAUCAAACCGCAAACCAGACCAAACUCAAACAAUUUAAUUUGUUUUUCAUUAAAACGAACCGCUUUUGUCUCUCGUUUUGAUUUCUGUCAUUCGUUAGUAGUUUUACCGUUUUCAAUUUUUAUUAAAACUUCUUUGAUCUGUGUAAAUUCUCAAUCUCAGUUGAAUCCUUAAUAAUUACAUUUACAUCUCUAGGUUUGUUUCGAUUGAUUUUGUGGGUUGAGAAUGGGGAGUAGAAAAGAGGAGAGUUUGAACAGUAAAAACGUGUUUGCAGCGUUGGGUGUGUUGAGGAAGAAGAGGAAACCUUCAGAUACCAAAAAAAGUGAUGAUUCUGAGAAGAAAAGUUCCCAGGAAGAUGUAUUUUGGGCUCCUGCCCCUCUUAAUGUCAAAUCAUGGGCCGAUGUUGAUGAGGAAGAUGACGACGAUUACUAUGCCACCACUACUGCUCCUUCUGCUUCUGGUUGGGCUGCUUCUCAUACCUUGGAUUCUAACCACCAAAUUGAGGGGGACAACGCUGAUGAUGAGGAAACUGAUAGUGAGGCAGAAGGUCUUGAUGAAAUUGAUGAUAAUGUUGAGGAGGAACAUGAAAGUGAACAUGAAACCGAAUCACUAGUAGUAGUGGAUGCAGUUAUUAAGAAGCCUCCUGAAGUUCCGGUGCAAAAGGAAUCUGAAAGGCAGCUGUCAAAGAAGGAGCUUAAGAAAAAGGAACUCGAUGAACUCGAUGCAGUUCUUGCUGAGUUGGGAUUAACCAAACAGGAGAAUGGCAGCCAAGAAAAUUCCCAAGCAGUUGUGCAAGAGAAGAAAAAGGAGAAUGACGGGGAGGCGGAGAAAAAGGAUAAUGCCCCUGGAGAGAGCAAAACUUCCAAAAAGAAGAAAAAGAAGGAGAAGUCGUCAAAGGAAGCAAAAGAAUCUCAUGAUGAGCCACAUGGUGAAGAUGUCGGAAAUGGGACAAACGACACGGCUGAGACAGAGCAAGCAGCAGAUGAUACAUCUGCUGUUGAUGUGAAGGCGCGCUUGAAGAAAGUAGCAUCUUCAAAGAAGAAGAAAUCGAGUAAAGAGACAGAUGCUGCUGCGCGAGCUGCUGCUGGUGAGGCUGCUGCGCGAGCUGCAAAGCUUGCUGCUGCAAAGAAAAAGGAGAAGAAUCACUACAAUCAGCAGCCGGUGCGGUAAGCCAGCUAAAAUUUUGUUCCCUUUUAUGUCACUCUUUUUUCUUUUCUCAUCCUUGGACAUGUACUUGUUAAUUUUGCCAAUGGGCAAUAAAGAUAUAAGGUUCUUUAUUUUGUGAAAAUGACUUUGAACAGGGUUCCUGGUUUUAAAUUUAGGGUUAGGAUUCUUAUAAUUAUGGUUUUUCUAGUCAAUUCACAAUAUCUAAGAAGAGCCAAUUUUGGGUUCUUGAACUUCUAUUGUUGGAAUGAUGAAAGAGUACUAUUUUUUGGUACUGUGAA